UCUGAUCUGACCACACAUGUCCUCUUGUGUUUCCAAACAGAAACAGCUGAGGGCGACACUGAGUGACAUCAAGAGGAGACUUGAGGAGAGAGAGAAGACACUGAAGGAGACGAGGAGGGCGAUGGAGGAGAUGAAGAUGUCUGUGGUAAGAGAGGUGGAAGAAAAUGAGAAGAGCUUCACUGCUCUGAUGCGGUGCAUUGAGGAAGCCCACAGGAAACUGACUGAGAGGAUCAGAGAACAAGAAAAGAGAGAAAUGGAGAAGGCUGAAGAAGUCAUGGAGCAACUGGAGAAGGAGAUCAAGGAGCUGAAGAGGAGAGAAGCUGAGCUGAAGGAGCUUUCAGAGACCAAGGACCAUCUGCACUUCCUGCAGACUUUCUCCUCUCGCUGUGUCCUUCCUGCUAAUGGAGACUUGCUGAGCUUCACUGUCACCGCUGAUUUCUCAUCUGAGGACCUGAGAAAGGAGCUGUCAGGUCUGACAAAGAGUCUGGAGAAGAUCAGCCAGGGGGUCAUCAUGACAAGGACUCCAUCAGCUCAUGAAGCUCCAGUUUUCACCCUCCAGCCUCCUGAACCUCAGAGCAGAGACGACUUUUUAAAAUGUGAGUUUGUGCUUUGACUGAAUGGAUCAUCAAAAUAAAAAUCAUUAAAGUUUUAAUAGAGCAGGACAGGCUUAGGAUAUGAAAGUCUGAGUGUUGUGUGACUGAGGGGCUGAGAGUGAUGGGGGUCCUGUGACUGGUGCAUUAUGGGAUAGAGAGACUUAGACAGG